CAUUGUCAUCCUGACACUUCUCUGACACCUGAUUGACAUUGACAAUAUAAUUUAUAACCAAAUAAACAAAGUCUUCCUUGCAAUAAAAACUAAUCAAUCGAGUAUGAAAUUUGGACACUAAUAAGAGGAAUAUAAUGAGACUACCCCAGGUAAAAACUUUAUUUUGCAAGAGACAUGUUUUAUCUCAAUUUGUACGAUUUACGCACCAAGAGCAUCAAACAUCUAAGUCAGUUUUGUAUCCUCUUAGUAAUAGAAAAUUACUUAACGUAAAAGGUAGCGAUGCAUCAGUAUUCCUACAAGGGCUAAUAACAAACGAUAUGAGACAUUUUGAAGAUGGAGCUAAGUCUGUGUACGCUAUGUUUCUUAACAACAAGGGUCGGGUUAUGUACGACACAUUAGUAUAUAAAUGGAAGGACGAUGACUCUUAUUUAUUAGAAUGCGAUUCUAGUAUAAUCAAUGCAAUGCAGAAACAUUUAAAGAUGUAUAAGUUAAGAAGACAGCUGGAGAUCAAAGAUGUAAAUAAUGAGAUUAAGCUAUGGGCUCUGAUAUCACCUUCUAGAUCCGAUAUUGCAAAUGAUAGUCUUCACAUUUAUAAAGAUCCGCGCCUUAAUGAAUUAGGAUUAAGAAUCAUAUCAUCUGUAUCAGUAAAUGAAACCCAAAUAACAGAUAUUAUAGGGAGUGAUAUUACUAUAGAGAACAGUGACAAUGGUUAUAAAUAUUUAAGGUACAAGUUAGGCGUCAGUGAAGGUGCAGAAGAUUUGCCUCCUGGAACUAGUUUUCCUUUAGAAGCCAACUGUGACUAUCUUCAUGGUGUUAGUUUUCACAAGGGCUGUUAUAUCGGACAAGAAUUAACAGCCAGAGUCCAUCAUACUGGUGUAGUUCGAAAAAGGUUAAUGCCAUUAAAAUUUACUUCAGAUGUAAAAGAUAUACAACAAGAUACUGCUAUAACAGCUUCAAAUAACUUAAAAACAAGUAUAGGAAAAUUGAAAGGUACUAUACAAGAUUAUGGACUAGGUUUGCUCAGAAUUAAAGAGGCUUUAGAUGCUAAAAUGUUAAAAGUUGAAGAUUACGAGGCUGAAGUUAUAAAACCUUCUUGGUGGCCUAUUGAAGCACCAAGAGAAGUAACAGCUAAGAAAGAACAAAACUAAUAUUUAUGUGGAUAACUGGCAUCAAAUUAGAUUCAAAUAUUAAUGUUGAAAUGGAUGAUACAAAGACUAAGGUUGAAGAACAUGAAUUUUAUGAUUUUAACUGUGUGUCAUGUAAACUAAGUGAAAAGGCGCAUUACAAA